GAAGAAAAGGAGAUAAAAAUUAUUCGAUAGCACAACGAGUAUGUGGAAGUAUAAUGCUACCAUAAAAUUAUUUUAUUAUUACUAUUCAACCAUAUUGUUAAAAAUUGAUACGGCCAUAGUAUAUGUUAUGUUGGAAUCAAGAAACUCUCUCUCUCUAAACUCAGCUCCCCCUAGCGCCUGAUACAAAGAGAAGAGGAACUAAUUAAGGGGUCCGUCGAACUCCAUAAACAUGGAAGGCCUGAGUUUCUUUGUUGGAGUCAUAGGCAACAUCAUCUCAGUGCUAAUGUUCCUUGCUCCUGUUCCGACGUUUUGGAGAAUCGUAAAACACCGAUCGACGGAGGACUUUCAGAGCCUUCCUUAUGUUUGCACACUGCUCAACUCCUCCCUGUGGACUUACUAUGGAAUCAUUAAGCCCGGGGAAUUGCUUGUGGCUACUGUCAAUGGUUUUGGAGCUACUGUUGAGAUUAUCUACCUUUGUUUGUUUCUUAAAUAUGCCCCGGAAAAAAUGAGGGUAAAAACUGCCAUUUUGAUUGGAACCUUGGAUGUGGGUUUUCUAGCAGUAGCCAUUUUAGCUACAUGGUUGGCAUUGCUGGGAGAUACACGUAUUGAUGCAAUAGGAUUCAUAUGUGCAGGCUUGAAUAUCAUCAUGUACGGAUCGCCUCUAGUUGCCAUGAAAACAGUGGUAACAACCAAGAGUGUGGAGUACAUGCCAUUCUUCCUCUCAUUUUUCUUUUUCCUCAACGGAGGGGUGUGGACAUUUUAUGCUUGGCUCUUUCAAGAUGUUUUCCUUGGGGUACCUAACGGGAUAGGAUUUCUUCUGGGAACGACGCAGCUAGUGUUAUAUGCGAUAUACAGAAAUGCAAAACCAUCCAAUCAAAUUUCAGAUGGCGAACAGUUGGAAGAAGGAAGGCAACAUGAACCCCUUCUCUCAUCCUCUGAUGCUACUUAGUUAAUUACCUAAUUAAGCUCUAACGUUCCGAAGUCAUCGGUUUGGAGUGGCGGAGCCAGACAUGACGAGGAGGAAUGCCUGCACUAGGAAGGGGAGGGGGAAACUGAGCAGAAAUGGGGAGAGGAAUGUGGAACUUGGGAGAAAAUGGGGCCCUUUCGUUCUUGAUAUCUCUUUUCAAAUUUCCUUCCUAAUUUACGACAAAGUCAAGUUUCAUACAAGUGUGUUCUGUGAGCUAAAUAUUUAAGUAUAUAGGUUAGGUACCUGUUGAUGUAUUAAAUCUUUGUGAUUGAAAAGGGGAGAGAGUUAUAUGAUUGCGAGAUUGCUGCAUAAUUAUGUAAGGGUUUUGUAACAUAAUUGUUUCUUCAUGUAA